AUUCCUGUCCGACCCGAUCCAUUGCUUUCAUUCGCAUCCUUCUUCUUCUUCGUCUUCCCUCAUCAUUUCACAUCUCAACCUAACAAAACCAAUAAGUAAUACAGAUUUACAGUAUAUAGUAUAUCUAUAUUUACAUUAUUUAUAUAUAAAAAGGAAGAAAACCCAUUCACAUUAAAUGAUAAAUUUAUUCAAUUAACACCGACGCGAUAUAUAAUUUUCGUUGAUUUUUCCUUUUUCGGCCACUGAAGGAUUCUCAGAUCUCAUCUUCCACUCUCAUUGCUUUCAACUCUUUCCCCUUCUUCACUCUUGCUUCUUUUCUUCACUUGGUUCGCACUGACUCCGUCAAUCAAUCUAUCAUAAUAAACACUUAUUAAUCAAUCUAUCAGAAUCGAGAGCCGAAUCGGAGUGGGUUUUCAAAUCCAAUGGCGGUGGCCGUCCGAGGAAGCCGAGGUGGCGGGGCCGGAUCGGCAGCUGGCGUCGGUCUCCGGAGCUUCUUCUCCUACCGCGUCUUCGUCUCCGCCGUCUUUUCUCUCCUCUUUCUCGCCACCGUCUCCGUCCUUCUCUCCUCCCACCAUGACACGAAAAUUCCAAUUACGGGAGAUGCUUACGUGCACCGGACUUUUAUGGCACUGAAAUCCGAUCCGUUGAAAACCCGUCUGGAUUUGAUACACAAACAAGCCAACGAACAUGUCGCGCUCCUCAAGAUACAGAAGCUCAAGGACACUAUCUUCUCCGUUAACGAGCUCUUGGUAAAGGCCAAGAAGAAUGGUGCCGUGGCCAGCUUGAUCUCCGCCAAAUCGAUCCCCAAGAGCCUGCAUUGCUUGGCCAUGAGGCUCGUCGAGGAGCGGAUUUCGCAUCCCGAAAACUAUAUGGACGACCCGCCCCGACCCGAGUUUGAAGACCCGAGUCUGUACCAUUACGCAAUAUUUUCCGACAACGUGAUCGCGGUGUCUGUGGUGGUGAGGUCGGUGGUGAAUAAUGCAGAUGAGAAAUGGAAGCAUGUGUUUCACGUUGUGACCGAUAGGAUGAACCUGGCGGCCAUGAAAGUCUGGUUCAAGAUGCGUCCCGUUGAAGGAGGUGCCCACGUGGAGGUGAAGGCCGUGGAGGAUUUCGGAUUCUUGAACUCAUCGUACGUUCCCGUACUGAGGCAGCUGGAGUCUGCAAAUUUGCAGAGAUUUUUUGCCGAGAAUGACACUAAAGAUGCCCAUAACAGUAACAUCAAGUUUAAGGACCCAAAGUAUGUGUCCAUGUUGAAUCACCUCCGGUUCUACUUGCCGGAGAUGCACCCAAAGUUGCAUAAGAUACUGUUCUUGGAUGAUGAUGUUGUGGUGCAAAAGGACUUGACUGGAUUGUGGAAGGUUGAUUUGGAUGGGAAGGUGAAUGGAGCUGUAGAGACAUGCUUUGGUUCCUUUCAUAGAUACUCACAGUAUUUAAACUUCUCACAUCCUCUUAUAAGAGAAAGAUUUAACCCCAAGGCUUGUGCUUGGGCAUUUGGGAUGAAUAUAUUCGAUCUUGAUGCUUGGAGGCGUGAGAAAUGCACAGAUCAGUAUCACUACUGGCAGAAUCUGAAUGAAGAUCUAACUCUGUGGAAAUUGGGUACUCUUCCCCCUGGUUUGAUCACCUUUUAUUCAACGACCAAGUCAUUGGACAAAUCGUGGCAUGUACUUGGACUUGGGUACAAUCCAAGUGUUAGCAUGGAUGAGAUAGGGAAUGCGGCAGUUAUUCAUUACAAUGGAAACAUGAAACCUUGGCUGGACAUUGCUAUGAACCAAUAUAAGAGUCUUUGGACUAAAUACUUGGACAAUGAUAUGGAGUUUGUGCAGAUGUGCAAUUUUGGCCUCUAGAUUAGCACAAUUUCUUCUAUGUUAUCAGUCAGGUUAACUAAGACAAGUUUUUCAGGGAUUGUCUAUAGUCAUGGUUACUCAAUUUCUGCAGGUUUUUUAGUUUAAAAAUCAUUGAUUGUAAUUCUCAGAGCAAAGCUCAGCUAUGUUUUUUUUCUUUUUAUUGCUGUUCUUUCUCAAGCUUGAACUGUAUUCUAUCAGAUUGGGUUUUGUAUACAUGAAGAUGAUUCUUUUGAUUCAAAUGAUUCCUACCAAUUAAUCUAGUGACCCAAAGAUCGAAAUUUUGAGAUGAUAAAA